UCUGUGAACGCCUCGCGGUGCUGCUGUCUUUACUUAGAACUUAGAAAAGUUCUGGCUUCAUUUUAAAAAAGUCUGCUGAACUUCAUGGACCUGCGGGAUCUGGCUGUGGGCGCGCUGGCCCAGAACAGGAGGACGGCUCUUCUGCUCGGAACCGGAGCCGCGCUCCUGGGACUCGUGCUCGUGUACAAACGCACGCGGAAGGCAGAAAAAAGCGUGCGCGUGGGCGCAGUGUCGCAGAUUUUCAUCCACCCCCUGAAGUCCGGCAGAGCGCGGCCAGUGGCGCUCGCGGAGUGUCAGAAAAUGUGUCUGAAAAGCGGCGAGAUGCUGGAUCGACACUGGAUGGUGGUGACUGAGGAUGGUCACAUGGUCACGGGCCGGCAGGAGCCUCGCCUGGUUCUGGUGUCCCUGACCUGUGAAGGAGGUCAAGUGAGUCUGAACGGGCCGAACAUGGAAGAGCUGAAGCUCCCCAUCCAUCAGCCGGACAAUCCUGUCAUGGACUGCAGGUUGUUCGGCGCUGACGUUCAGGGCAGGGACUGCGGUGACGCGGCGUCCGACUGGCUUGGACGUUUUUUGACGGGGGAGAAACGCUUUCGCUUGGUCCAUUUUGAGCCUCAGCUGAAGGCCAGGAGACCAGCUGAGAGCGAGCCUCUCUUCCCUAAAAGCGAGGUGGUGGCGUACCCAGAUUACGGACCUGUGAUGCUGCUGUCUGAGGCCUCUAUUCAGGAUCUGAACAGCAGGUUGGGGAAGGAGAUAAAGCCGGAGCAGUUCCGCCCGAACAUCGUGAUCAGCGGCUGCAAGGCCUUCGAUGAGGAUUCGUGGGAAGAGAUCCAGGUUGGUAGUGUGCGGCUGCAGCGGGUGAUGUCAUGUGGAAGGUGCCUCUUCACCACAGUUGAUCCGGAAACAGGUGUGAUCAACAGGAAGGAGCCUCUGGAAACACUGAAGAGCUAUCGCCUGUGCCAGCCAGAGGAGCAGCACAUCUACAAAAAGUCUCCUCUGUUUGGACAGCUGCACACCGUGAAGAGGGCCGGGGUGCUCCAGGUCGGCGACCCCGUUUACAAAAUCAGCCGUUGAGUGUGUGAGGAGGAAGACGUGAUUGGAGCACAAAUCUGUGCAAAUGUGCUCCAGUGUUAGAAGAUAAGUCCUUAAAUGUGAUUCUAAAGAACUCAGAUGAAUCUGUGUUUGCACAAUUUCAAAAUAAAACUUUGAUUAUUCCAAA